GCACCGGGUCAUCUAGUAAACAAGUGCUAGCUGGCCUGACGACGAUGGCAUUCCUGGUCGCUGUUCCAUUUCCGGGACCUCCUAUCCUCCGUCGUCUCCACUUCACCGCCACCACACGUGCCUCCGCGGCAAGAACCGACCCCCUCCCGGAGGAGCUUCAGCUCGUCGCCGACCUCCGCACCCCGCACAACCACAUCCGCGUUGCCGACGUCUCCCGUCGCGCCACCGGGCAUCCCCUCGCCGGCGCCCGCCUCCUCCUCCUCGACGGCCCCGGCAACAUCCACUCCGUCUCCUUCCCUCGCUGCCCGCUCACCCGGACCUACCUGGACGUCUUCGCCGCCCUCCCUCCCCUCCUCCCGCGCCCAUCCCUCGCCGUCCUCGGCUUCGGCGCAGGCUCCGCCGCCCGCGCCCUCCUCCACUUCUACCCGGACCUGUCCGUCCACGGCUGGGAGCUCGAUCCCUCCGUCAUCGCCGUCGCGCGGGACUUCUUCGGCCUCGCCGACCUCGAGAAGAGCCACGACGACAGGCUGGUCGUCCACGUCGGCGACGCGCUGGAGGCCGAGGCCGUGCCGGGAGGCUUCGGCGGCGUGCUGGUGGAUCUGUUCGCCAACGGAAGCGUGCUGCCGGAGCUCCAGGAAGCGGCCACGUGGCGCCGGAUAGGCGGGAUGGUGGCGCGCGGAGGGGCGGUCAUGGUGAACUGCGGCGGGGGCUGCGUGGAGGCGGAGGAGGAGGGGAGGGACGGCGAGGCCGUGAAGGAUGCGACGCUGCGGGCGAUGGCUGCAGCGUUCGGGGACGGGAUGGUGGCCAUGAUGGAUGUGGAUGAAAGUUGGGUCGCCAUGACCGGGCCGGCGAUCGGCGCGCCAGAGGACGCCGCUGCGGCGUGGAAGGCUAGGUUGCCGCCGCAGCUGCGCCAGUAUGUUGAUGUGUGGAGGCCAUACAAUGGCAACAAAUGAAGAAUUUUAGUUGUGUUCCUGAUCCUGCUUCAAAUUUCAGAGCGUGUAAAAUGUUUCCCUGCAAGAAGUAUCAAUCAAACUGCAGAUGGUUGCAUUUCGAUUCAGAAAGGAUUGCAAUGAACUUCAUAAA